AUGACUACGCGCAAGAAGGGACGGAAGGAUGACGGUCCCGAUGGAGAUGAUCAGCGACUGCAUGGUAUGAGGGAAACGGACACAUCAGUUGAUGAGAUUUUGGAGAGUGACAAGAAGAUUGCUGAUUUCACAGCUCGGAUGCUAAACGCAGAAGAGGACGCGACGCUAGCGAUGGAUCAAGGGAGGAUUAAUCAAGCAAGCUUGAGAAUGACGAUAGCGAAGCAUUUUCAAUCCAAGAUUGAUACAGAGCUACGCAUUGUAUACGCCGAGAAGACGGUGAACAGUAAGAAGUUUGUCAAGGAUAUAGGAGUAACUUAG